AUGGCCGCUUCGAGCUCUCAAGAUCCGCAGCCAACGUGGCCGAACUAUCCAGAGAUGGUGGACUGCAUGGUCUGCGGAGAGAAGGGUGUCGCCAAGCGACGUCCCGGCUAUCGGAUGACUUGCGCGGACUGCACCAAGUGCCAGGGCCGCUUCUGCGUGACAUGCCGGGGACCAUGGUUCGAGACCCACAGCUGCAAAAAGUUCAUCGACGAAUUCGAGCUCUUCAAAGACUUGGAGUGGUUCUUUCGAAAGGGCGAACAGAUCGACGAUUUCCGCGAAAAUCUCCAGCCGUUUGGCUACAAGAUGUGCCCUGGAUGCUUCCAACCAGUCAUCAAGGACAACGAGGACGACUGUGACCACAUCUACUGUGGCAACCCGGCGUGCCGAAUGGAAUUCUGCUGGAAGUGCCUGGCAAAUCGGAAGGUGAUCGAGGUCCAUGGCAAUCAUCACCACAAGCCGAAGUGCCCGUACUACUUCGAGUACGAUGGCAAAGACCAGUACAUGCCUGACAAGUGCGAGGUCUGCAAGAAGUAUGGGCGCUGUUGCAUAACCCCGCUGGCGUAUUCGAAGAUGAGCAAAGCCCAACGAGAAGGUUAUCCUGCAGAGGGUUGGACAGCUUACGCUGUCCGAAAGGAAAAGGAGAUGGAGGAGAAGAAGAAGGAGAGGGAGCGCCGCAGGCAACGGCGCGAGGAACGGAGGCAGCGGCUGGAGGAGGCUCAGGAAGCAGGCAUCUUCGCAUUUGUGCAGCGCCUGUUCACCCCGAGUGAUGCUCCUGAGUCAGGCUAG